AUGUGGCCAACAACUGCUUCGGCCGACUCCCUCACACGGCCACGCAUAGCUGUGGCUGUCGUCUCUGUAGUAGCAGCAGCUUCAAUAGGGUACUACGCAUAUCAAUCUCGCCAGAAUGCCCCCUUGCGAGGCACCCCGACCGGUGGUGGUCUGCAUCGGAGUAACGCCAUACGACGCUCGCGACCGCGGUCCGCAACCAACGAAUACAGCUCCAACUCCGCAUCCGAAGCUCCUGGAGAUGAAAACGCCGAAGUACCCAACACGAGAGUCCCUGGCGAUGCCGAAACCGUAGUCGACGUCGAUCCUGGGGACGAGUGGUGGAACGACCCUGCCACGGGCAAUCUUCAGACCUCUCCCCAACGAGCGGGCCAUAGCAUCGUAACACUCCUCUUCAGGGUCUCUGAGGACAAUGCCCGGCGCAACGGAUGUGUUCACAGGGGCUGUCAGUGUAACUCUUGUGGCAUGGUGCCUAUACGCGGGGUUCGCUACCGAUGCGCCAACUGUGCCGAUUUUGAUCUUUGCGAGACAUGUGAGGCUCAAGGUGUGCAUAUCAAAACGCACAUAUUUUACAAAAUCAAGGUCCCUGCGCCGCCGUUUGGUCCUAGGCAGAUGCAACCUGUGUGGUACACCGGGGACCCUGAUACCUGCCGUCGGAACAUCCCCAGGAGCUUGAUUGCGCGUCUUUCGAGAGAUACUGGGUUCGAACGACCCGAGCUGGAGGCGUUCUGGGAGCAAUGGACGUACAUGGCCAACACGGAAUGGAGAGACGACCCCGAGGAGCUUUGUGUUGCCAUGGACCGCAAGACUUUUGAGCGCUGCCUGGUACCUACGGGGGGUUCCCGACACGCCGCACCUAACCUGAUCCACGAUCGCAUGUUUUCCUUCUACGACUCCAACAAUGAUGAUUUGAUUGGGUUUUCCGAGUUUCUCCACGGCUUGUCGUAUCGGAAACGCAAGGACAAGUUGAGAAAGGUGUUUGAAGGGUACGAUAUUGACGGGGAUGGGUACGUCAACAGGCGGGAUUUUCUGCGCAUGUUUCGAGCCUACUACGUGCUCUACAAGCAAAUGCACAAGGAUAUUCUGGACGGACUGGAGGACCAGCUCCUCGCUAGUACUGAGGCGCAACAGCUGGUGUCUAGUCGACAGCCGCUCAGCAGUCUUUUCGGCAGGGAAGGAAGAAUCCCGCCUGGCGAUUCGGGCUUGCGAUUCGAGGGCAAAACCAAUCGGAGGGACGGGAGCAUUGAAGUCGCCGACGGCUAUGGUGGUGCCUUUGUUGAAAGCCGAGGCGAUGUUGCACCCAGGGAAGACAUCUUGGCCAGUUUGUUCGCGUACGAUACAGACGUCCGACCUCCCCGUCGCUUCAUCUCGCGCAAUGACACCGACACAAACUGGCGGACUGUGCGACGAGUGAGCGGCGGAGACCUGGAUAGAUCGUACUGGGCGACUAUGCUUGACCCUCCGACCACGCUGGAGGAGAUUCCGAGCAUUUUUAAUCACAACCCCGACGACGAUGGUGACGCUGAUGCCGAUGGUGAGGACGACGAUGAGGAAGAAGAAGAUGAUGAUGGGGACAUGCACAAUGGCGAGUCGGGUCGUACAUACAGCGAAUCACGGGCGCGAGCCAUUGCACGUAAUCGUAAGAUGGCGCCCAAGCUGGAGAAGCAGCGCCGAGACAUGGCGCGGAAGCAUCUCCACGAUCGGUGGAAGAGACGCCAGUUUUACCUGGACGAAGAGGAGGGAGGGAUAGCGCCGGAUGACUGGGAGGCUGAUGAGGAUAUUCUCGUGAGGAUCAACCAGGCGGCAGAGGAGUCCAAGUCGUCUGAUGCAGCACCGAUGACGACGCGGUCCCGUUCCAGCUCCAAGGUGCGGUUUGCCGAGGAUACCGACGACUAUGAAAUCCGAUCGAACCCAUCGACCUCGUCACGCAGCGUACCUGAACGAUGGGGCGGCAUGGAUAUCCCUGAUGCGGAAAAGGAUGCAGGCAAGGAGAUCCUGUACCAAGUAACGCAGCAGGCGUUCAACGAGCUUCUCGACACAAUCUUCAAAAAGGCAGAAGACAUUGCGGUUGAAGCGGCGGAGACCGCAGAAGACAGGGAGACGUACAGGGCACAGAUUGAGGCCACAGAACUUCCGGACGUGUAUGCUCCAGCAAAGGAGUCAGAGUCGCCACAUCUCAACGACAAGGCCAUUUCAGAAAAGUCACUCGACGAGCUUCUAGCAGAUACGGGGUAUACAGUCGUGCCAGAUGAGCCACGAAACGCGGUGGAACUUGACAGUCCUGAGGUUAUCCACGAAGAACUGGUGGACAAGGCAGAGUCCAUUGCAGACGAGCCCCCAUACAGAGAUCCAACAUUGCCGCAAUUCCGUCCAAACAGCGAUGCAGAAGCCAAACUAGCGCAGCAGCGAGUAUCCCACGAACCACCUCAAGAGGAGCCAGAUGCAGCGACCCUCCGCGCCUGGAAGCACCUCACUAUUGCGGAGGAAGAAGCGCACAAGCGAGGAGGCUGGGGGCGUCUCAGCUUUGAGGAGUUUGAGGAGAUUUACAAGAGUCAAGAGGAUCUGGGGAACCGGUUAGAUUAUCUUGGUAGCUGGAUCGACUUUUGUAUUCCUUAG